UAAUAUAAGUGUGUACUACAGUAAUAUCUCAAUUACCCACGGGACGGCGUUCCGCAUUGGUUUUCUUUUGAGCGGCCGGCGAUAGCAAAUGCUCACCUUUGGCAAAGAUGCCAAUGCCGAGCUUGAUGCCUAGCUACGGAUGUGUUUCCCCGCAGCAACACCUCUGGCCGUGGCAAAUGCACAAAUCGGCAGAGCUUCACCAGUGCAGAAAAUGCAGAUGUGCUCGUUUCAUGAGUCAAUGCCUUCUGACAGUCCGAGAAACGAUAGGGCGGGAGUGGACGACCCACAGCGGCCCCACCCGACCGCUGCUGCAGAACACCACAUGAGAUCUUCCGGUCGCCAUUUCUCGGCGAGACUGAUCACCAGUUCGUCUCAGUGGAGCAUUCUGGAGACAAAUCGGCCAGCAGCCUGUGGUAGGGCUGCGACCUGCAGUAGUUGUCCUCGACGCCAGGUAGCUACAAUGACUUGCAUUGGCCAUUGGAUUCUCCUUCGAUCCAGAUGCUACCCGGGAGAUAACACUGCAGCGGAUGGAGCAGACCGCAAGGCAGCGAAAUCCAAGCUAGUCUUUGAUGGACUCUACCAGAAGCAACCGGAACUGAGCAGAAGAUUAUCUACAUACUCGGUACACAAACUAGAAGGUUGGCAGGAACGGCGCGCGCAACAGCUCGCCACCAACAUAAUCAAGAGACUCGGCGAUAAUCCAACAGACAUGCCUGGUUUUAUCUGUCUCCUGAAUUGCCAGUAACGAAAUUCACCUCAGACGCUGCUCAAUACACUACCGCUCGCAAUCCUCGGUCUCCUCUUGGCAGCAAGCGGCGCUGCGGUCCUAGCCUGACAGGCGUCAUACAAGCUGAAAGGGAGCGCCCUAAUCGAAUCCGUGCCUCUUUGCAAAUGCGUUGAAAGAGACAUCAUGCCCGCGGUGACUCACCUUUGCGGCCGCCGCCAACAAAAAGAAGCGGAGCGGCGUCCGGGAAAAGAUCCGGGGUAUGCAAUUAUGGCUCCGUUUCCUCCUCCAUUCACCGCCGACUGGGGUAUGGAGUUGAGGGUCUAGCUAA